AUGGUUGCUCCCGCCAAGCGAAACGACCAGGAAUUGUGGCGCUGGGACGGCCAGUUCUUGCGUAACAAGUCGAAUGAUUUAGUCCUCGAUAUUCGAAAAGGUAGCCGCCUUCGACUCAUCCAAGAGACCGAGAUCUGCUUAUACACACCCAAAUCCGAAAAAGAAGCGCAUAACCAGCUGUGGGGCGUACGAGACGGAGCACUUGACGCAUAUGGCCGACAACAGCCCGGCAGUAUGAUCCACUCGCUCAGCAACGAAGAUUGGGUCUUGGAUAUUCAGCACGCAACCCAUCCGGACGACAACGUUGCAGCAGGCAGCAAGCUUAUUCUCUUUCCGUUUCAGAACAUGGACAACGACAGCCAGCAAUGGAUCUUCAUCGACGAAAGCGACAGUGCGUUAUUAGACGAGCCACCGGCGCUCCAAGCAACUGCGAUGUUCAAGUCACCUUCUUCCUCUUCCACGAUGAAUCCGACUCCGUCGACGUCUUCCGCUUCCAGCUCGCCUGUGGUAGCCAAUAGCAACAACGAUUUGUCGGCCUCGGCAGAGUUAUUUGCGCACGGGCUCAGUCCGGCUAAGCGAGGAUCACAGAGCUCGGUUACAUUGAUAUCCAUCGAAGCUUACCGUGAAAAUCAUCAAAUGGUCUAUCUUGAACGGAACCCGCGUCUCAGCGACAAGGCGAUUGCCAUGGCAGCAGCUUACGAAACCUGGCAAAAGUGGAACCAAGAGCGAGUGAGCAGUCUUGACUAUCCGGACCGGCCGCAGUUCCAUGAAGUUGACAAGAUCCGCGCAUGUUUGCAGUCGACAGCGCAAUCAGAGGCAAGCCGCAUAUUUGAUCAGUGCGAUCAGCUGAGCAAUCACAAGGAAACCGCACUCUGUUUGGCAAAUCGUCUGGUCAUCCAGCUCUACGAACAAGUGCUGACGACGCCCUAA